AUGCCGGUGCGGCCUGGAGCCGCUUAUCAGCCGACAUUGAUUGAGGUCGCGCCAGGCUUUACCGCUUUAUUAUUUCGGCACAACCCUCUGACAGUAGGGGAGCUGAAAGGCCUCCCAACUCUCCAUCAUCACAGCCCACGCGAAUGGGCUGUCUACCUUUUGGUCUUGGAGAAGGAGGAUGCCCUUCCGGCCAUCUAUGUAGGGUCCGCGACCAACGCCACGCGUGGCGUAGCAUCAAGAUUCGCAGACUACGAUCAUUUGCGAAAUUUGUCUGUUCAAUACCAGGAUUGGGUGAUGAUGGUUAUGAAGUCACAUACCGCCCCUCCCCGCUCCGUCAAACACAUCCAGCCGAUCUACAACGUCCUCUUCAGACGCAUCGAAGAUGUGUGGCGCGCCCUCCAUGACUUCGGCAUGGUCGUAGCCACCAAUUUAUUAGAAGUUCUGCGCCGCCCCGAUGAGCCCGAUUUAAUCAAGUUCUUUAUCGACGCCAUCAUUCCCCACGCCUCGGAGCAUAAGUCAUACGGCCAUAUCCUUCGAACCCUUGCGCAGGCGGAAAAUGUUCCGUCGUACGCUAUGGCUAUUCGCUAUAGCGAUCUUACCGGGUCAGCGUCUAUAUCUGCGAAAAAGCGCAACAUGAUCCACAGCGAGGCGACCACCCUUGCUACUUGGCUUAUUCACCUCCGCACGUCUCAAUCAAGUACCAACGGCGGCGGUACGCUCCAGUUCACGAAGGACCCGGACCCGCUAGCCAAGCAUACUUUGAACCGACGGCAUCGUUGUAACAUACGAGCACUUGCGGUGUGA